AUGUCGUCCUCUUCUGACACGGUCACCAUCGCUCGUGCCGAUCUUGAUCUCCUCUUGCAAAGGUAUGUUUUCAUCAAUGCUCCAGACUCGUUGUCUGUUUCACAGGUUGAAUAUGACCAGCUCAAGUCCAUUGCAAGAAAAUAUGAGAACCUCAAGCGCAACCUCCUACGUGGUGGCGUAGACGAGGCUACAGUAGCUCUCCUUAGCCAAGGUGAUGAGGCUUUCCAAUCCGAGAAUAACGAGGAUACACACGCCUCUACUACGGACCAUGGAGGUGUUGGUCUCUCCUCAUCUUCGACGACGCAGCGUCAUCAUGCCUCUUCCCACCAACAUGGAAACGGUUAUUCGCACUCGCAUUCGCAUACUGAUUCCAACAGCAACUCCUACGGCCAUUCCUACGACCAUCCCUGCCACCGUUCUCAUCGCCAGUACCAACAGCAAACCGCUUCGACAUGGGAUGAAGAAGACUAUGACGAGGAGGACGAGGGGGACGAAGAUGUCUCAAUCGAAGAAGGGUCCCCUGUUCCUGGCGCAAACUACACAGGACCACCUCAGGAAGUGAAGCGCCAUCAGUACGAGCGCAACUGUCAUCGUACCCUUCAAAUCGUGCAUCUCGCCGAGGGUACCACUCAUUCUGAUAUCACAAACUCCGUGCGCGGCGGCCAGCUCUUAGACGUGUAUCUUCGCUCUCACGACCGCUCAGCUUCCGUCUCGUUUCUUCAUGCGGCCGAUGCUCAGAAAUUCUAUGACUAUUGUCGUCGUAAUGACUUGUAUAUCAGAAACAAGAGGCGUCAGUUUGUGCUGCCAGGCCAUGUGGCGGGCAAAAUCUCGGCCGGGGCCAGUCGCAACCUUGUCAUCAUGAACUACGCCAGUCAACAUACCGAGGAGGUGAUUCGCGAAGAUUUGGAUCAUAUCCACAACCUGGUUGUGAUCAUGAUACAGUUCAUCGGCGGAAACUGUCAUAUCGAGCUCAACUCGGUGCACAAUGCCAUCUAUGCUCGCACCUGCAUGCUGAGCCGAAUGUAUGUUUCAUUACGCAGAUUCUCACUGGCGGAGGCUAACAUGUUGGACAGGAAGUACAAAGGCAGAAGAAUUCAAUUCGACGUGGAUCAGUGUGCCCACCCUUACCCAGCCCCCAUGGUUCUGAAGACCAAGGAAGCUCCUCAGCCAAAGAGGCAAUCAUCGGUCAGCAAUCGCUUCCAGCUCUUGAAUAUCGACGAUUCUGAGGACGAGGAGAACGCGCCACCCGGGUUUCGGUCUAAGAAGACUCCCUUAGUGGUGGCCUGA